CCCCACAAGGUUUUCAGUACAAGAACACUGCAGUUGAAAUUAAACGCGCGUCUUGUUGAAGAUACCAUGAUCUAUAACGAAUGACUUCAUUUUCUCCAGAGCUACCUACCUUGGGAAUAAAAGGACCGAGCCGUCCACUCAAUAUUUUUUUUUCCACACUCACAUCUUCGCUCGUUCCUGGAUUCUCAGAGAUAUGAAACAGCUCCUGUCCCUUCUUGCGGUGGCCAGCACGGCCUACGCUACUUCUCUGGGCAGUGCCUGCACCACCUCGCGCAUACGCGAGUCGCUGCCCGAGGAUGGCUAUAUUCUGGGGGUUACCUUUGACCGGGACUCGGUCACAGCCAACGCGGUCUACAACUCCUCUCACUCAGGCGAGGUCUUCUUCCCGGAUGCUACUAUCGAUUUUUGCAACGUCACUUUCUCCUACACCCACACCGGGUCAGGGCAGACCGUCAUUGUCGGCUACUAUAUGCCCGCGCCCGAGGCCUUCAAGAACCGCUUCCUGGCCACGGGAGGGGGUGCUUAUGCCAUCCAAUCUGGCUCCAUGUCGGCCCCGGGGGGUGUGAUGUAUGGUGCCGUCGCUGGUUUCACUGAUGGCGGAUUCGGUAGUAUGGACAACGACUUCGACGACGUCUUCCUGCUCAGCAACGGCACGAUCAAUUGGCCAUCGGUAUACAUGUUCGGAUACGAGGCUAUCAAGGAGAUGACGGUCAUUGGUAAGCAAUUUACCAAGAACUUCUACGAUGUCUCCAAUAGCAGCAAGGUCUAUACCUACUACCAAGGUUGCUCCGAGGGGGGUCGCGAGGGAUGGUCUCAGGCCCAGCGCGCCGGGUCGGAGUACGAUGGCUUGAUUAUCGGGGCACCAGCCAUUCGCUACGGGCAGCAGCAGGCCAACCAUUUGUUCUCGAACCUUGUGGAACAGACUCUGGGUUACUACCCCCCACCCUGUGAGCUGGAGAAGAUUGUGAACGAGACCAUCGCCGCCUGCGAUCCCCUGGAUGGCCGCAAGGAUGGCGUGGUCUCGCGAUCUGACCUCUGCCAACUCCACUUCAAUAUGACUUCGAUUAUCGGCAAGCCCUACUACUGCGCCGCAUCGACCGCCAGCAGCCUGGGUCUCGGGUUUGGUAAGCGCGCCUCCAACACUGAGCCCGCCCAGAAUGGCACUGUCAGUGAGAAGGCCGUGGCCGUGGCCCAGGCCAUUGUGGAUGGACUGUACGACUCUCAGGGCCGUCGCGCCUAUAUCUCCUACCAGAUGGGGGCCGCCUUUGAUGAUGCGGAGACCUCUUACGAUUCCACCACUGGCGAGUGGGGUCUGAAGGAUAUUGCCGGCGCUGGAGGCGAGUGGGUGGCCCGUUUCCUAGAGCUCAAAGACGAAGACAACCUGUCGUCCUUGGAGGGGGUGACCUACGACACCCUCGUGGGUUGGAUGAAGCAAGGCAUGACUCGUUACAUGGACUCCCUCCAGACGACCAUCCCCGAUCUGACCGAAUUCUACGAAAACGGGGGCAAGAUCAUCCACUUCCACGGCGAGCAGGAUGAGUCAAUCCCCACUGGGUCAUCUGUGCACUACUACAACUCGGUCCGCCAGACGAUGUACCCCGGGAAGUCCUAUAACGCCAGCACCCGAGCCUUGCAGGACUGGUACCGACUCUUCCUGGUUCCCGGCGCGGCGCACUGUGCCCUGAAUGAUGCCCAGCCGAACGGCCCUUUCCCCCAGACCAACUUUGAGGUCAUGUCCCUAUGGGUCGAAAAGGGCAUUGUCCCGCACACCUUGAACGCCACUAUCCUCCAGGGAGAAUAUGAGGGCAAUAAUGAGCAGCUCUGUGCCUGGCCUCUUCGCCCUUACUGGGCUAACAAUGGCAAGAACUUCACCUGCCAGUAUGACCAGGCCUCUAUCGACACCUUCGACUACAACUUUGACGCCUACAAGCUCCCUCUCUACUAAGGACUGUUCGGGUUUCGCGGCGCUCUCUUCCCUGUUGGGGACCCUACUUUGGUACAACUCGACGGGACUUUGGGGGAUCGAAGCGUUGUUGAUAUGGAAUGUAUACAUACACUACCUGCUGUGAG